UCCCGCCAAGGAGCCAGCCCUAAUUUGGAUCAUCCUUCCCGCGACUCCCAGAGGUCGGUUAAUGGAGUUCGCGUUGAGUGACAACGCCCUGAAAACCUUUGCUCGCUGCGUCACUUGUCUCGCCCGCAUCGGAAAUGAGCUUUCUAUUCAAGCCUCUUCCUCUCAGCUUGUUUUCCACGCUCUCAAUUCAUCGCGAUCAGCAUAUCAAUCCAUUACCUUCAAACCAGGCUUCUUUGAUGUCUACACAGUAUCGGGAAACCUGGCGCAAUUUAGUGUACUUUUGAAGGCUAUUUGUUCAGUUUUCAGGACCCCUAUAACAAAUAUUGAUCGUUUAACAGUGAGACUGCCUGGUCCUGACGCUUCUAAAGUGCAGUGGAUACUGGAAUGCUGCAAUGGUAUGAGGAAAACCUAUUGGAUUACAUGCAAUACCGAAUCUGACAUACAGCACUUAUCCCUUGAUAGGCAAAAAUUCCCAAGUAACUUUGUUGUGAGGCCUCAAAUUCUCAACAGGUUACUAGCUAAUUUUCAAUCAUCUCUCCAAGAGAUUACCAUCAUCGCAACAGAACCAUCCUCGUUACCUUCUGAUGCUGCAAGUGAAAUUGGUGGAAAGGCUGUUGAACUUCGAAGUUAUUUGGACCCAACCAAAGAUAAUGACUCAUUGCUACACACCCAGUUGUGGAUUGAUCCUAAAGAGGAAUUUUUACAGUAUAUUCAUAAUGGAGACCCUGUUGAUGUGACUUUCAGUGUAAAAGAACUGAAGGCUUUUCUUUCAUUCUGUGAAGGCUGUGAAGUUGACAUCCAUUUACAUUUUGAGAAAGCUGGAGAGCCUGUUUUAAUGGCACCUAAAUUUGGUUUGGAAGAUGGGCCUGAUUCAAAUUUUGACGUCACACUUGUCUUGGCAACCAUGUUGGUAUCUCAGCUACAUGAAGGUGCCUCAGAAGUUCCACAGGCAUCUCCCAGAAUCCAUGCUCAAACUGAAAAGGGUGGAUCUCAUGUGCGGCAAGAAAAUUGUAAAACAAAUGUAUCUGAGCUUCCAUCUGAUCACACCCGUAUAUGGUCUGACCUAUCAGGAAGUGCAACUAAAAAUACUAGUGGUAUGGAAGAAAGACAGGCACAAAGAGAAAAAUUUUUGAAUGAUAAUGAACAGAGGGAGAUUCAAAGGAUUGUUACAAUGCAGAUUUCAGAAGUAGCAUCAGCCGCAAGAAAUAAUUUUGUUGAGAACAAUUCCUACCAUCCAACUGAGAAAGAUCGUGUCCAAGAACCUCAAGAUGGGAUGCAAGGCAAUGGUCAGGGCUUUUCUCAGCAUCACCCUAGCAAUUGGGUAGAAUCUGAAGAGGAUGAUAAUGAUGAUGAUGAUGAUGAUGGGGAUGAGAACGAGCAGUAUGUUCAGUCAACACCACCAUAUUAUGAGGAAUCAUAACAUUGAUCAAACUCUAUUGAUUGUUCUCUUUCCUCUGUAAGUAUUCUUGCCAAUUCUGGUCACCGUGAUUUUCAAUGGAUUGGACAUGAGCAGAAGGCACCCCUUCUUGCAGCUUGUAAAUCAUUGGCUUCGGGUGGCUUAAGACUUGUGGUAAACGUAAAUGUGUUUAAAUGUACUGAAAUUAUCGGACACCCUCCCUUUUUUCUAAUGCAUGCAUUUUUUUUUUAUAAAUAUUGAGGCAUUUUAUCAAAAUUUUUAUCGAAGUAAUCAUAGGUUCGCCCUUCUCUAUAUUACAACUUCAAGAUAAUUGAUCGUGUAUUUUAAGGCAUAUUUCAAAGUAAGUGCUUCCUUCUAAGAUUGUGACGUAAUCUCAUAUUAAUAAAUUCUUACUGCUUCCUCGACUUCGAAAUACAUGCUUCUUUGAUGAUAAACGAGUCUCCAGGGAUGUGAUAGUUGAUAGGCGAAAUGGGAGAUGCUAGCGAGACCAGAAUAGGUGAAAAGGAGAUAGAAGAGUAGGAUAGGCAUAGAUUUGAAAAGAGCUUAACUCGGGAGCAGAGUAGAUCGAGUAAAAAACACAAACGGACGCUUAAGAAUCUGAUUUAGCUAUUGAUGGCAAGAACGCACUGCGACAAUGGCGAUUUGAAGCCAAACACUUGCUAACUUGCUUGCAUACACGCUUCGGCUAAAGAGAAAAGACUGAAAACAAACAACAGAAGACACGGGAGAAAGGAGGCAA